UAAAAAUCCAUUUUUUUGUUUCUGCCUUGCUAUGUUGACUCCUCCCUGCAUGAACUAGCUGGACUGUUGAUUGAUUUUAAAGAGAGAUUUAUAAGUACUCUGCUAAUUUCUUACAGUAAAAAAAUACCAUGACAUCUUAGACAUCUGACGAGACUGAUGUUGGGGUAUGGCUGCACUGAGCAUGCAUUUCUCAUCCUUCCUCUUAUCAUCUGGAUUGUUUCUUUUUAAUGUUGAAUGGUGAAUAUAUCAGUGCAUAAGAGGAGCUGAAUGUUAGUAUAUUCCCACCCCUACCAUAUACCUCGGUAUAUGUUAGGUGUGGGAGGGAAGCCUUAGUUCUCUCUCUUUGAUGUUGGUGUUGGCUAGAAAGUAUUGCUGGUCCAAUACAUGUUGCAUGGCGCAAUACAAAUUACUUGGGACAUGUAGUAAUUAGCAUUUGGUUUCAGUGCUAGUGCUGUGAUCUCUAAAAGUCUGAUGAAAGGUAAAACUGAGAGCUUUUCCACCUUCCCUUUUCCCACUAGCUCCCCCAAUCAUGUUUUUCUGCCAAGUAAUUAUUACUUUACUAAUUUCUAUAGGGCCUUUUGCCAUGGCAGCUAUAAAUUCUUACUCUCCAGAUACCCAUGACAGUCCUAUUGCGAUGUGGUCUGAUCUGCAUCUGUAGGACCGAGGCCCUAACUUUACUCUUCUUUUGGGAAGAAAAUACAGAGAAAAGCAAUACCUGCUUUAAUAUUCAUGGGAGCAGAUAUGUUAUCAGAAGUGAUAAAAUUGCCUGUUUUCAUUGAGGAAACAUUUUGAAAAGAAAAAAUAGAUGGAGAAACUACCACUAGAGGUUUUUUUUCCCCUUGCUUGAAAACUUGCCAUUCAGGGCUUUUCUCUAGCAAUAACAUACACUGGUAGAGACUUAACCACAGUAGAACUACUGCUGUGGUUCCAAACCAAAGUGGCAAAUAUUUUAUACUUUUUAUAUAUUAAAUAUAUUUUUGAAUAAAUUCUCAGAUACAAAUGAUAAAAGGCGCUUUGUGUGUGUGGGAAUUCCAAGUAAUUAGCUGUACCUUGAUCUUCUUUGGUAGAAAAAUCUUCUGCUUGCUCAAAUACUGCAUUUAAGAUUUUAAUAUCUUAAUUACACGUGAUUUUUGCUUCCAAAAUGUUGUGGAAGACCACUUAUUGCUAUAUAGACUUAUUUAUGAAAACAAAUGAUUUUUAUUUUAAGAAGUAGUAUUGCUUCUUAAUUGUAAUACAUGUGCAUCUUCUGUUGAAUGAAGCUGCUGUUUUAGCCUCAAGCUAUUGUGUCAAAUUCUAACUUCUUCCUCAAGCAAAAACUUACACUUGACAAGGAUUAUAGGAUUUGGCUUCAACUCUUUCAGAAUUUGUGAGACUCUAGAUACAUUAAAAAAUGAAUUGUGGCUUUUGGACAGUGUUUCUCCUGCCUUCACUGAAGGAUGGAAAUGGGUGGGUUAGUUGGUGAAAAAUCUCUUUGAACCCAGAAAUUACCCGUUUCUGAUAUGUUCAGCUCCCACGGAACAGAACUGUUUGUUCCUGCAAUGCUAAAGGGAUUAAAUUAGUAAAAACUUUACUAAACAGUAUUCUGAAAUGGUCAUGAAAAUUUACCAGGCUGAGCACAAAACCCAGUUGCCCGUCCUUUACUGAGUUGACAAUGAUAAAUCUAGUGAUACCUUCCUUACUCUGGGAAAAGUAGACUUUUAGAAAGCUGUGGUAAAGUAAGCAUACUGGAGCAAAUAUCUUAAAGGGACAAUAUCAAGUUUAAAUAAAAUUACUUUCUGAAAGCUUUGUACCUUACAACUUAUUUAUAACUUUAAAAAAUUACUAUAGAUGAAAGAGGAUAGAAAAUAAAUAAAUACACCCCCCCUUCUCCCGGGGUGUGUGUAGAAGAGGGUCACUUUCAUUGUUUCUUCUGGAUAGGUCACUUCCCCCUAUUCUACGUGUCUUUCACAAAGCAACAGCAGAGGAAAACUUUUAAAAAUAGAAAAUGUGGGUUUGUAAAAGUACAAGGGAAACAGGGCACUUUAUUAAUGUGUUUUUAAGCUGUUUGGAUUCCUUUUAAAUUAGAGCUAUUACUAGUCAUUUUUCUGACCAUAACUGCACUCUAAGCCUUUAGGCACAGUUCAUGUAUGUAUUUUCCCCGUUCUUCAGCUGGGGAAAUGGACACAAAAGAUGUGCCUUGUGCAAGAUCACAUAUUAACGCAUGGCAGAGGCACAAAUAAAGACCAGAACUCGUGAUGUCAAGUCUGUUCUCUAAACAGUAGAGUGCAUUCAAUUUUAUUCUGAUACCUUGUUUAUACUAAUGGUAUUAAGCACUUACUUUAAACAGUUUAAACACCAAUUACUGUAUAUAUUUAGAUUUAAAAUUGAAAUAGAACAUGCUUAUAAUUUGUUUUGCCACCAAGACAUCUGACAAACUUCUUGUUCUGUAACUGUCACUCAUUUUACUCCAUUUAGUUACAUGGUGCCAGUAAUAAUCUCAGCUUUGUGAAGAUAUCCUCUUAAGUGUUCAGUGAUUCAUCAUUCAGAGUCUUGAGUUUAAUAUGGUCCAUGGGCUACCAGGUGCAGACAAAACCCUUCCCGACUCCACAAAUAGCAUAAAGAGAAUAAUGUAGUCACAGUCUCUUUCCCCAUUUUAACACUGCUUUAUUAUUGGGACUAAGCCUAACCUUGAUAUUGUUCUCCACUUCCUAUUUUUUUUAAAGGAGGCUCCUACUUAAGUUAGACUUUGGGGAGUCAGUUGAAUGAACCCUCAAAAAUAUAUUCUCAUUUUUAUUGAUAUUCAGAAGUGCAGUGUAAAUCAGAUGAGCUAAUCACAUAGUCACUGAUUAAUAGUUUUUGUUUUUCAUUAAUCAGCUUCAGACAUUCUGAUAUAACAUGGCAUUUGUGUGCUUUACACAUAUGAAUCCUCAUAGCAGUUCUCUGCAAAAGGGAAGGGAAUAGAGGCAGGAAAAUCAGCAACAUGAGUGAGAGUGAGGCUCAGAAAAAGCUAGAACUGCACAGGUUGCAAAUGGCUGAGAAAGAAAAUCAACAUAAAAGACUGAUGGAAUUAAAACAAAUGGAAAUUAAUGCAGAGGCAGCCAGGGAGGAAGCUGCCCACAAAAGGGCUAUGGAAGCAGAAGCAGCCAGGGACAAAAGAGCCCUGGAGUUAAGAGACCAAGAAAUACAGGCCCAGAAGCAUGAAGUGGCGGUUAUGGCGUGGACAAGACAAAACCCUCCAGCUGCUAGCUCCACUUCCCCAAAAAUCCACAAAUGGGAGCGACUAUGUCCACAGUAUGAUGAAUCCAGCGAUACUGACGAAUAUUUGAUCACCUUUGAGAGACUGUGCACCCUCCAUGCAAUCCCUGAAGGUCAAAAGAUGACCACGUUCAUAGCAAAAUUGACUGGCAGAGCUCUGGACAUAUUCAGUAAGCCUAUUGAUGAUGCUUCAAACUAUGGUGGCUAUGGUGGAGGUUCAGCUAGAGCCAACACAUGUCUACCCUCCAGGUCUCUUGAUAGCUUUCAGUGCCUGUACUACUGUGCUUGUUGCUGUUCACCUCUUUGCUCUCAUGAUAAGUACCUGCAUUCUUCCAAAUAUAGAGGCUGUUAGUAAUGUGCACAAUCUCAACUCUGUAAAGGAGUCUCCGCAUGAGCGUAUGCACCGACACAUUGAGCUUGCCUGGGCAUUUUCCACUGUCAUUGGGACUUUGCUCUUCCUUGCAGAGGUGGUGCUGUUGUGUUGGGUGAAAUUUCUUCCACUGAAGAGGCAUCCUCUUGUUUCAGUCCAGGACAACAAUUCUACCAUCACCCCAGGAGAGGCAGCAGCCAUUGCCUCAACAUCUAUUAUGGUUCCUUUUGGAUUGAUUUUCAUUGUGUUUGCAGUCCACUUCUAUAGGUCACUGGUGAGCCACAAAACAGACAGGCAAUUUCAAGAAUUGAAUGAACUUGCUGAGUUUGCACGGCUCCAGGAUCAGCUGGACCACAGAGGCGACACCUUGCCUCCUCCUGGCAGCCAUUUUGCAUAAAACUAUAUUUUGUAUAAAAUCCAUUUUUUGUUUCUGCCUUGCUAUGUUGACUCCUCCCUGCAUGAACUAGCUGGACUGUUGAUUGAUUUUAAAGAGAGAUUAAGUACUGUGCUAAUUUCUUACAGUAAAAAAAUACCAUGACAUCUUAGACAACUGACAUCUGACGAGACUGAUGUUGGGGUAUGGCUGCACUGAGCAUGCAUCUCUCAUCCUUCCUCUUAUCAUCUGGAUUGUUUCUUUUUAAUGUUGAAUGGUGAAUAUAUCAGUGCAUAAGAGGAGUUGAAUUUUAGUCCUCGGUAUAUGUUAGGUGUGGGAGGGAAGCCUUAGUUCUCUCUCUUUGAUGUUGGUGUUGGCUAGAAAGUAUUGCUGGUCCAAUACAUGUUGCAUGGCGCAAUACAAAUUACUUGGGACAUGUAGUAAUUAGCAUUUGGUUUCAGUGCUAGUGCUGUGAUCUCUAAAAGUCUGAUGAAAGGUAAAACUGAGAGCUUUUCCACCUUCCCUUUUCCCACUAGCUCCCCCAAUCAUGUUUUUCUGCCAAGUAAUUAUUACUUUACUAAUUUCUAUAGGGCCUUUUGCCAUGGCAGCUAUAAAUUCUUACUCUCCAGAUACCCAUGACAGUCCUAUUGCGAUGUGGUCUGAUCUGCAUCUGUAGGACCGAGGCCCUAACUUUACUCUUCUUUUGGGAAGAAAAUACAGAGAAAAGCAAUACCUGCUUUAAUAUUCAUGGGAGCAGAUAUGUUAUCAGAAGUGAUAAAAUUGCCUGUUUUCAUUGAGGAAACAUUUUGAAAAGAAAAAAUAGAUGGAGAAACUACCACUAGAGGUUUUUUUCCCCUUGCUUGAAAACUUGCCAUUCAGGGCUUUUCUCUAGCAAUAACAUACACUGGUAGAGACUUAACCACAGUAGAACUACUGCUAUGGUUCCAAACCAAAGUAGCAAAUAUUUUAUACUUUUUAUAUAUUAAAUAUAUUUUUGAAUAAAUUCUCAGAUACAAAUGAUAAAAGGCGCUUUGUGUGUGUGGGAAUUCCAAGUAAUUAGCUGUACGUUGAUCUUGUUUGGUAGAAAAAUCUUCUGCUUGCUCAAGUAUUGCAUUUAAGAUAUUAAAAUCUUAAUUACACGUGAUUUUUGCUUCCAGAAUGUUGUGGAAGACCACUUAUUGCUAUAUAGACUUAUUUAUGAAAACAAAUGAUUUUUAUUUUAAGAAGUAGUAUUGCUUCUUAAUUGUAAGACAUGUGCAUCUUCUGUUGAAUGAAGCUGCUGUUUUAGCCUCAAGCUAUUGUGUCAAAUUCUAACUUCUUCCUCAAGCAAAAACUCACACUUGACAAGGAUUAUAGGAUUUGGUUUCAACUCUUUCAGAAUUUGUGAGACUCUAGAUACAUUAAAAAAUGAAUGUUGGCUUUUGGACAGCGUUUCUCCUGCCUUCGCUGAAGGAUGGAAAUGGGUGGGUUAGUUGGUGAAAAAUCUCUUUGAACCCAGAAAUUACCAGUUUCUGAUAUGUUCAGCUCCCACGGAACAGAAUUGGGAUCUCAGCUCCUAGCUGCUAAUAUGGAAUGUAAUCCUGUAAUUUUGUGAUGGAGGUAACAAAUUCAGUUGUGGCCUAACCGAAGCUGUGCCUCUUUGACUUCAAGUGAAGCUGUGCAUGCUUAUGCCUACAUUGAAUGUAGUCAAUUAUACCUGGUCUCUUUAAAAGAUGAAUUCAACAUGCUUUACAAAUGAAGGUCCUAAUUUUGCAAACACUGGUAGUACUUACUAUGAUGAGUAGUCUCACUUGCAUCAAUGCAACUGACUUAUUAGUGCAAGCACUACACCCAGUAAGAUGAAUUGACAAGACAAAGUGCAGUUUAUAUUCUGAAAAAUUACUUUAAAAAUUGUAUCCAAGUGCUGUGGCUAUAUCUGAGUGACAUAUUUGCUCCUAUUGUGCUCUGUUCACAAGCAAAAAAUAGUUUUUGAGUUGCCAUCCCCAAAAACUCCUGGAUAUGAAAGUAAAACAGAAAUUCUCUCUGGUUUUGACAUUACCAGUUGUUUUUUUGCAGCUGAAAUAUAAUAGUUGGUGAGCAGAAUUCCACUCACUGUUCCACAACUGUUUGUUCCUGCAGUGCUAAUGGGAUUAAAUUAGUAAAAACUUUAGUAAAUGGUAUUCUGAAAUAGUCAUGAAAUUUUACCAGCCUGAGCACAAAAUCCAGUUGCCAAUUCUUUACUGAGUUGUUGAUAAUGAUAAAUCUAAUGAUACCUUACUUACCCUGGGAAAGUAGACUUUUAGAAAGCUGUGGUAAAGUAAGCAUACUGGAGCAAAUAUCUUAAAGGGACACUAUCAAGUUGAAAUAAAAUUACACUUUUCUGAAAGCCUUGUACCUUACAACUUAUUUAUAACUCUUAAAAAUUACUAUAGAUGAAAGAGGAUAGUAAAUAAAUCAAUAAAUAUUUUUUGGUGUGUAGAAGGGGGUCACUUUAAUUGUUUCUCCUGGAUUGGUCACAUUUCCCCUAUUCUAUGAGUCUUUCACAAAGUAACAGCAGAGGAAAACUUUUAAAAAUAGAAAAUGUGGGUUUGUAAAAGUACAAGGGAAACAGGGCACUUAUUAAUGUGUUUUUAAGCUGUUUGGAUUCCUUUUAAAUUAGAGCUAUUACUAGUCAUUUUUCUGACCAUAACUGCACUCUAAGCCUUUAGGCACAGUUCAUGUAUGUAUUUUCCCCGUUCUUCAGCUGGGGAAAUGGACACAAAAGAUGUGCCUUGUGCAAGAUCAUAUAUUAACUGCAUGGCAGAGGCACAAAUAAAGACCAGAACUCGUGAUGUCAAGUCUGUUCUCUAAACAGUAGAGUGCAUUCAGUUUUAUUCUGAUCCCUUGUUUAUACUAAUGGUAUUAAGCAUUUACUUUAAACAGUUUAAACACCAGUUACUUUAUAUAUUAUA